AUAUAAGGAGCUGGCGGACAUUCAUCGCCGUCCUCGGUGCUUGUUUGUAGGAGUGCGCUAGUCCGACAAUCACCAUGAAUGCCUCGUUCAUCGCCCUUCUGCUGUGCGCCUGCGUCGCCGUCGCCGUGGCCGGCCACUUCGGAGGCUUCGGCGGAUACGGUGGCGGCUUCGGCGGCUUCGAGGGCGGCCACGGCUACCACAAGACCGUCCCGGGACCCUCGUUCUUGGUUAAGACCGUGCACCACGUCAACAAGCUCCACAGAGGCGCACAUCUGGUCGGCGGCCACCACGGACACGGCGGAUACGGAGGUGGCUACGGAGGAGGAUUCGGCUUCGGAGGCCUCAAGCACUGAGCCCGGGGAUUCGGUGUGGACGAACUACGGCGCGUCAUCUUGCUUGGCUGAGACCCUGCCGAGUCGCGGGGACUUUUGCCACAGCGCUGCGCGGGGCGCAAUAUUGUAAAUGCGCGUAAUAUUGUGCUUUGAGCCAAGCAUUGUACGGGACGUACAUGCUCUAAUGGGUAACAGAGACAAAGGAACGCCGCGCUGAACGACGCCAUCCAAAACCGGAGCUCAAAUGUGUGCCGUCGACAUGGUUGACAGAGAGACAUGUUACGACUGCAGCCUACGCUAACGUCCCGGCUUCUACACCACGCAGAGUCUGAUA